AUGGCCUGCAAAAUCGAGGACACUCUGAAGAAGUCUCGCGAGAUUAUUUGCGCCGCGUACAACCUCAAAUUACCCCAGUCUGAACACAUCUCGCCCGAUAACCAAGUCCUCGACGAGCCCGCCCGAGGUAUCAUCGGCCUCGAAAGACUCAUGCUCGAGAGCUCCGGCUUCGAUUUUCGAACGCGUCACCCGCAGAAAACCCUGAUCAAGCUCGCUCGUAAAUACGGCCUAUCGCCCCAGUCAGAAAUCUCGGAGGUUGCCUAUCGCAUUUCACAGGAUCUAUACCGCACUUUUGCGCCCAUCAAGCAGACGUCGUCCACAAUGGCAUUUAGCUGUAUUGAGCUGGCGGGUCGUCUUCUAGGUGAUCCCAUUAAGGAUUUUAAGCGUGAAGCGGACUAUAAGAUGUGGAAUACAAGUCGGGAGGAGGUUAUGGAAACACUUUUCGACCUUCUCGAGCUGUAUACGCAUAACCGUGGCUCGACUUCCGUCGGCCCUCACUUCCCCGCAGAUCGAUUUCUCACCGUCCGCAUUCCACUGAACAAGGAAGCCGAAGAGAAAAGACUACCUCGAUACACUCAUUGGAUCAAUGAAGGAAGGCCUAGAAACGAGCCGCGAAAGCCCCCAACGGAGCCUCGGAAACCACCAACGGAACCGCGAGGGAGAGCGGCCGCAUCCAACGGCUCAGCAAGAAUGGAGAAGCCCGCCGCACCUACCGGUCCGCUCCACCAUCCUCUCAUCCCUGCUACCGCGACGGGAGAACGUCCGAAACCAGGAGAAAAAGGCCGUGACGCAGCCGUGCGUUUCAUUGUGGAUUCGGAAUAUGCGCAGGCCGAGAAGGCGCGUGUGGCCCAGUACUUCAAGGUUGAGAUGGAGGAAUAUGAGGUGGAGGAGUGA